AUGCUGUCCUCCACAGCCAUGGUGCCUGGGACAGGAGGAGGCCGGGACUGCCUGAUGCUGGUCGCAGCGACUGCCCUGACCCAGCUCCUGUGGUUCCCUGGUUGCUGCGGAUCCCACAUUGUUGGAGGCCAUGAGGUGAAGCCACAUGCCCGACCCUACAUGGCCUCUGUGAGCUUCGAGGGCCAUCACUAUUGUGGAGGCUUCUUGUUCCAUGCACAUUGGGUGCUGUCAGCUGCCCAUUGCUUCGGUGACAGAGAACCCUCCACUGGCCUGGUGGUGCUUGGGGCCCAUGCCCUGCUCACCCCGGAGCCCACACAACAGGUAUUUGGCAUUGUGGCUGUUGUCAGCCAUCCUGAUUUCGAGCCGACCACACAGGCCAAUGACAUCUGCCUGCUAAGGCUGAAUGGCUCUGCUGUGCUGGGCCCCGCUGUGAGGCUAUUGCGACUGCCUCGGAGAGGUGCUAAGCCUCCCGUGGCGGGCACCCGGUGCCGCGUAUCUGGCUGGGGCUCCGUGUCUGACUUUGAGGAGCCUCCACCUGGGCUGAUGGAAGUCGAGGUGCGCAUACUGGACCUGAGCGUCUGCAACAGCUCCUGGCAGGGCCAGCUGAGUCCUGCCAUGCUCUGCACCCACAGUGGGGACCGCCGGCGCCGUGGUUUCUGCUCGGCAGACUCUGGGGGGCCCUUGGUCUGUGGAAACAGGGCCCAUGGCCUUGUAUCUUUCUCAGGCCUCUGGUGUGGUGACCCCAAGACUCCGGAUGUCUACACUCAAGUGUCAGCGUUUGUGAGCUGGAUCUGGGAUGUGGUUCGAGCAAGUCCAACCCCCGGUUCAAUGGGAUGCUCUUUGAGGGCUGUUUGA